AUGCCUACAGAGAUCAUGUCUCAUGGUGAAUUGGACCUUCGAAAAAGGAUACUUUCCUUGUGCGGCGAUGUUCUGGGAGGAAAAUGGGAGGAUGUUCAUCCUGAUCACGUGUCCAUUACGCAUAUUCGCGGAGGUCUGACAAAUCUCGUCUAUCUCGUGGCUCGGCCAAAGUUCACCCCACAGGACGACCAACCCGCUGUUGUACUACUUCGAAUUCAAUCGCAGACCGAUCAUGACAAAUUGCUCAACGAAUUGGUCGUUUUCACGUCUUUGGCAGAAAAUGGACUUGGCCCAAAGUUGCUCGGCAUCUUUCCAGGAGGACGAUUUGAGGAGUAUAUCCCCAGCAAACAUGUAGAACAUAACGACAUCACUGAUGCGAGGAUAUGUACUCUGUUGGCUCGAGUUUUGCCGCGAUUCCAUUCCACUACAGUACCGAUCUCGAAACGUCCCAGUCUUCUUAGUACGAUGCGUGAAUGGCUGUCGCUUUUCGAGGAACAGGGUAAUUCACAAGUGAAAAUGCGAACCACAUCAUUCCAACUGCAUUUGAAUACGUUCCCUUCAGUGAUUACCACUAACGAACUUGCUCGAGAAAUUGAUAACAUUGAAGAGUUUCUUUGCACCUCAUCUUCGCCAAUAGUAUUCUGCCACAACGAUCUCACCUCUGGAAAUCUUUUGAUUAGCAAGAAAUCCACUGCUAUCGAUGCAUGCGCUACAGCGCAGGACAUUUUAUUGGAUGAAAGUACGAAGAACAAGGACGAACAGCUAUCGAUGCAUCUUGUGGAUUUCGAGUUCAGCGCCUAUAACUACCGCGGAUUCGACUUGGCGAAUUAUUUCUGUGCCGCAGCCAUCGAACACAAUCUACAGGAACAUCCAUAUUAUAAGAUUGACCUAAACAAACUGCAGAACCGAUCAAUGAAAAUGGAGUUUUGCAAGGAAUACAUGAAAGAAGCCACCAGACUAAAUAUUCGUAUCAAGUCAGAAUACAGUUUACUACAAGAAAUCUACCAAUUCACACCAAUUGUUCACCUCUACUGGGCGAUCUUCAAUUUAUUUUGCGAAAAGGACACUUUAGCCAUUAUGGAUUGUGGGGCGUACGCACGCGAUCGGUUGGCGCUCUACUAUCAAAGUCGAAGUAUCCUCCUCGAUCGAUAA